UCUUGGCUCGCUGCUCCGGCUUCAGGCCUCAUUAGAGAUGAAACGUUCUAACGACCCGGAGCUUUGACCCGAUUGGGCCUUUUAGUGUAUGUGUGUGUGUGUGUGUGGGGGGGGGGGGGGGGGGGCUCAGUGACGUUAAUGGACUCGCCCAUGAAGCAGCGGCCGGCUCCAGGGAGGGAGGACUGUGACUACACCGUCAACUCUGAUGAUGUCCGAAGAGCUGCACCUCCUUAAAUUACCAUGCUCCACAGAUCCUACACAAUGGGCCUCAAUGCAUGCUGGGAAACAUCAGUAGGCCCUUCAUGGAUUUCUUGGAAAGAAUCUCAGAUGGAAUCGAUCACCUGUGUGUGUGUGUGUGUGUCACUUCUGCCUGUGUGUUAAUGGCGUCUCAUUUGCAUAAAGAGGUCUGUCCGGCUGCUCUCCUCCAGCGGUGUCCUCUCUUUAUUAGUUUAUUGUCUCCAUCAAUAACAAAGCACGAGCCCGGCGGUCCUCCUCUUCCUCUUCCUCCUCUCCAAGGCUUUUAUACUCUCACUCUCCAUGCCCCGCGCUAACGUCCCCUCAUCAUCAUCACGUGGUCUAACUAUCUAUCACAGCGAUGAAGCAUGUGGACCGUGUGCGAUGUCACCGUAGAGCAUCUUGUGCGAUGUGCACGAGCUGCACGGUGCACCGGUCACGUGAGCCACGGCCCCGCUCCUCCGGUCCACUCCCACUCAGCGCGCAUCAGAUCGAUGGGAGACAUCAAGGACCCGGGAUCAUUUCAGCAGAACUAAGUACCCAGAGGCACCUCCACAGGCUGACUGCAGCGGGGGAAGGGGCUGGGGAGACCUGGACUCUUCUUGUUCCCUGAAGCUGCUCUGGGAACUUGCUUGAGACUCGUUCGGGGUCUCGGAUCCGUCCCGGUCCGGCAGCAGGACCCACUUCCCCUCUCGGACCGCGUGGGGAGCCAGUCCUGCGUCUUGCGCGCAGCUCCACGUCCCGGUCCAGAUCCUAAAGUGUUCCGGAGCAGCGGACCUCUGCCUCUCUGGGGACGUGAAACAUGCGCAGCCGGAGCCCCGGUGACUCCGCCGGUGCCCUCCAACUCCAACCGGGAACUUCCUGCGCGCACUCGGGCUGCUUCUCCGCGCCGCGCGCACUGCUCCGGUGCCCGUGAGCAGCAUGCCUCCGGCUCUGCCCUCCUCCAGAGCGCUGUACAUCGGGAUGGAGGCGGUGAUCGCCGUGUCGUCGGUCAUCGGGAACGUGAUGGUGGUCUGGGCCGUGCGCAUCAACCGCUCCCUGCGGGACACCACGUUCUGCUUCAUCGUGUCCCUGGCCUUGGCUGGCAUUGCAGUCGGGGCUCUGGUCAUCCCGCUCGCCAUCACCAUCAGCAUCGGGCUCCAGACGCACUUCUACAGCUGCCUGCUGGUGGCCUGCACCGUGCUGGUCCUCACGCAGAGCUCCAUCCUGGCGCUGCUGGCCAUCGCCAUGGACCGCUACCUGCGGGUGAAGAUCCCCAUGAGCUACAGGCCGGUGGUGACCCCCCGCCGGGCCGGCCUGGCCGUGCUGCUGUGCUGGCUGGUGUCCAUCGUGGUGGGCCUGCUGCCCAUGUUGGGGUGGAACAACCUGCAGCUGCUCCGGGACAACGGCUCCCUGGUCACCGAUGACCUCUUGGUGACCUGUGAGUUUGAGACGGUUAUCAGCAUGGACUACAUGGUCUACUUCAACUUCUUUGGCUGGGUGCUGCCCCCCCUGCUCCUCAUGCUGACCCUCUACGUGGAGAUCUUCUACAUGAUCCACAAGCAGCUCAACAAGAAGGUGACGGCGAGCCACACGGACCUGAGCCGUUACUUCGGCAAGGAACUGAAGCUCGCCAAGUCUCUGGCGCUGGUUCUGUUCCUGUUCGCCGUCAGCUGGCUGCCGCUCCACAUCCUCAACUGCAUCACCCUCUUCUGCCCCGGCUGCGACAAGCCCGAGUCCCUCGUCUACAUCGCCAUCAUCCUCACGCACGGGAACUCGGCCGUCAACCCCGUCGUCUACGCCUUCCGCAUCCAGAAGUUCUGCACGGCCUUCCGGAAAAUCUGGAACCAGUUUGUCCUGUGCGAGGAUCCGGCGGGUCGGCCUCCUCCGAGAGGACCGGGUCACCGGAGGAGAGCGCGGCGCCACGAGGACGACGAGGUGUGAGCGGCCGCGUGACCGGCGCUGGUUCACGGAAGGGAACGGACUCUGGACAUGCUCAGGGUCCUGCUGGUCCACACGCCCUCCAGGGCGACGGAGACGAGGGAACGCCAUCCAGGCGUCUUCAUCCAAGAGGAAGGACGAACACCCUCCAUCAGGCCGAUCGGUUGAACCCACACGAACUGACCGAGUUUCAACACCGUGAAUCAGCUUCAUCCAGACACCACGAGUAGAGUCCGCUGUGGUUCUAAAGCUCGGGUCUUUCUGGUGCGAGGUAGCUGCAUCACAGGCUGAGCUCUGAGGCCUUCAGGGCGGACCAGGUCAUGAAGAGGAGCGAUGGCCUGCAGCUGGGGGAGGACCACACGGCCUCAUGAGGACCUUCAGGCUGGUCCUCUCAAGUCAGAAGGAAGACUAACGGCUCAUCGGUCUAGCUGAACGUAGCAUCCGGGCUAAUAGGAGGAAUACCGGACGCUGCUGCGUGAACAUGUGUCAACAAGGUAAUGAAGGCCCAUCAGUGACCCUAUGACCUCAUGACUGUGGGCGCGUCAUCCAUCUGGAGAGCUGACACUCUGAAUGAGUGUGUCCGUGC